CUUUCGUUUCUCUUCGGGAUAUGUUAUUCUUGUGCACUGUGCCCGUGUAUAUGCUUGUUUUCCACUGCGUCGGCCUUUAGGGAUAUCUUGUACCUGACAUAUAGUGCUACAAACAAUUCAUUUGUAUACUGAUUUGAGUUCCGGAAAAGAUAUAUAACCUUACCAAAAAAUGUUUUUUCCAUCCUUCACUAUUUUAUUGUCUGGAUUGUUCCUGGGCUAUAUUGCUCACUCUUUUUACACGAUAUCACACAUGUUUUCUGUACCAACAUGUACAAACAGAAAAAAUUGCAUUAAAUCUCAUCUAAAUAAACGACCCAAAAUACAAUUAAACUUGUUUACUUCCACGAUGAUAAAUCCGUUGAAUUCAGAAGCCCAAAAAGUUUACACUGAUAUGGACUUCGAUUACACAAGAGAAAAAGAUUUUUUUUUAUUAUUAGACAUUCCAUACAAGACUAGACAAAAUGGUACUUUAUUUUUACAUAUACUAUUAUCACCCUCUUUAGUGAACCAAGGCAACACUUUCCAUGAACUUAAACGAAAUUCUAACACUGUAUUUGCUGUUGUAAAAUUGACCAAGUAUGCCAUACCAGAAGCAGAGACAUUUAAUUUAGUAGGUAAAGAAGAAAGUUCUAAAAGUUCAAAAAAGAGAGAGAUAGUUGCUAAUCAGCCAAUUUCACACUUGAAAAGUAAAAUAACAUUUACUAUAAUGACAGAUGAUAUAGAACUUCCAUUGAAUCACAUACCAUUAGAGUUAUUAAGGAUUUUAAAAACUACUCCUGAUAAAACAUUUUUGCCCUUGCUUACUGGUAAUUUUUUGCAUACCAAAAAUAAGGAUUUAAUCAAAAUUUUACCCACAUCGCAUAAUUUAAAUAUGACUAUAACAUAUAAUCCAAUUUCUUAUGGUAAAUUACGGUUAAUCUUGCAUCUUGAAGCUGCAAUGAUGGAUCUCAAGAAAAUUGGGUUUACUGACAAGGAUACCGACGAGGUGAAAAGUAUUUUUGCAGAUACUAAUUUGUAUCUACUCGCUGGUACUAUAGUUGUAUCAGGAAUGCAUUUAUUGUUUGAUUUUCUUGCAUUUAAAAGUGACAUACUUUUCUGGCGGAAUAAAAAUGAUCUCACAGGUUUGAGUAUGCAGACAGUGCUCUGGCGUGCUUUUAGCCAAGCUGUAAUAUUCCUCUAUUUAGUUGAAGAAGGAUCAUCUCUACUUGUUCUAGUACCUGCUGGGAUCGGAGCCAUAAUUGAGUUUUGGAAAACGAAAAAAUUUUUGAAAGCCGAAAUUUUUUGGAAUAAAAGAGUAAUUCCAAGGAUUAAGUUUAACUGCAGCAAACUUACGUUUGCAGAAAAAAGGACAAGAGAAAUUGAUGCUGAAAGUAUGAAAUACUUUAGUUACCUGAUAUAUCCCUUAAUCAUUGUGGGUGCAGUGUAUACUCUGCUCUACCUACCGCAUAAAAGCUGGUAUUCAUGGUUCAUACAAUCUAUAGUACAUGGAGUUUAUGCUUUCGGUUUUCUGUUUAUGUUACCACAACUAUUCGUAAAUUAUAAAUUGAAAUCAGUUGCUCACCUUCCAUGGAGGUCAUUUAUGUACAAGGCCUUUAAUACUUUUAUUGAUGAUGUAUUUGCAUUUAUCAUCACAAUGCCCAUUGCUCACAGAGUAGCUUGCUUUCGAGAUGAUGCUGUUUUCAUGAUGUAUCUGUAUCAACGCUGGUUGUAUCCAGUAGAUAACAGCCGUAUAGAUUCCUUAACAAUGGAAGAAGAUCCAGUUAAAAUCGACACUACAGUUUCUCUUAAAAAGGAAAAGUAACUUCAGGCUUACGUUACCUUCAAUUUGUAUUAAGAAAUUUAAAAUUCACUUUACAGUUCAACUCUUAGUGAUGAAUAAAAUUAUAUGGAUCACGAAAUAUGUCUGAAAAAAUUAAUCGAUGUUUAUA